AGGCGAAGCUAGGUCGAUAGUGACCAAGAUACAGAGCUUUUUAAUGCACUCCAGAAUAUUUUGAUAAGCGAUACACCGCCUGGUUUACAAGGAGCAUUAAGUCAGGAUUUAUAAGGAGGAGAAUGUCCAACAUCACUGAAAAUGGACCCAAAAUGGCAGCUGGUGCCCUUUAUUGCGAAAAUGUGCUUGGAUUACAUCAUAGCAUAUUUCUUGCUAUAUUAAACUUCAUUUUUUCUAUUACUGCAUGCCUGGGAAAUGUCUUGAUACUCAUUGCCCUUCAGAAAAAGUCUUCCCUUCAUCCGCCAUCAAAGCUGAUGUUUCGCUGUCUUGCCCUCACUGAUCUUUGCGUUGGUGUCAUCACUCAGCCAAUGUUUGCCGCUGAAUUGAUUACCGAAGUAAACGAAUUGCGACAAAUUUGCAACCACAUUGGAACAGUAGUAGGCAUUUCAGGCAUUGUUUUCAGUGGAGUUUCGUUGAUGACAUUGACAGCAAUAAGUGUAGACAGACUUCUUGCUCUGUCUCUAAGCAUGCGAUAUAGACAGGUUGUUAAACUGAGGCGAGUUGGUGGAAUCUUGGCUUUUUUUUGGUUCUUCUGUAUAAGCGUCCCUCUGAUGAAGCAACUUACUGGCCUUCUAUUUUUUUCAAAUGUAACAUCAGCAAUAAUCUUGUUAUGUUUAAUGAUCUCAGUUUACUGCUACAUGAGAAUUUAUCUUCGCCUUCGAACCCAAAUAGAACAUAAUGAUAAUGAAAUCGGACAACGGAACAGGGAAGGAAUCCCAACAUGGAACAUUGAAAAAUACCAAAAAACUGUUUCAGCUGCAAUGUGGGUCCAAAUAACAUUACUUACAUGCUAUCUUCCAUAUGCAAUGUUAUCUUUUGAAACUCUUUUUCCAUAUAGUGCCGUAUCUUAUGUUAUUGUCAUAAGAUACACAGGAUCUCUUGCGCUCUUGAAUUCAAGUUUAAACCCGUUUCUCUACUGCUGGAAGAUGACAGAAAUGAGACAAGCAGUCAAGGACAUAAUUGAUCGGAAUCGUUGUAAUUAUAGGAAGCAAGCCUAAAACGAUAUGUACAUGUUUACCUCUUGGUAUGUCGUGGUCGUCAUUAUACUUUGUGAGCUAUUUCGCUACUGAUUCGGCCGUGAGAAUUUUAUUAGAAGCAAGCAAUUACUUGCUUGGGUACAAAGAGAAUUCUCAACAUCAAAAUAGCCAUCAUUCUCCGAAAUUUUUUUAACUGUCUGGCCGUCAGUCUAUCUGAGUUUUAAAUAAACGUUGUCUUGAAACCUCA